AUGCUGGGGUCGGAAACUCUGAAGGUCAAAAGAAUUUCAGAGGAACGAGAUGACCUUUCCGCAGGAUGUGGGCGAGGGUUCUUCGUGCUGGAGGUGGAGUGGGCCAGGCUAGAAGGGGUUCCGGGCGGGCGAUGCACCCACGCUGAGGAGUCAAGUGCAUGGCCGCUGCGCCACUCCUGUCGACAUGCGCUGAACUAUCGGUCAAUACCCGCUUGCAAUCCUUGUAUUCAAUCAACCCCUGUUAGGCCAGACAGACCGGCAGAUGUUAACAGCAGAACAAUGGCUGCUCAGGCCUUGGGAUGA